AUGGAUUUAGCUACCGUUCAGAGGUUUCAGUACUCAUCAUCAUGGAUUGAUCGGAGAAGUUUUGAAGGGAAGCCUCGUGGGUCUCUUCGGUAUACUCAGCGAAUUAAAGAAGAUAAAAGGCUUAGAGUUCUUGCUUUAGCUCAUUUCCAACCUGAGAAAACAAGGCAUCAUCGACAGAGAUCAGUCUCUGAUAAGAACUCCUCAGGAAUGAUGGGUUCCGGGAAGACGACAGUAGGAAAGAUUAUGGCAAGAGCACUUGGUUAUACAUUUUUUGAUUGUGACGCUUUGAUCGAGCAGGCGAUGAAUGGAACUACUGUAGCUGAGAUAUUUGAGCAUUUCGGUGAGAGUGUCUUCAGAGAAAAAGAGACCGAGGCGAUAAAGAAGCUCUCUUUGAUGUACCAAAAAGUUGUUGUGUCAACAGGGGGAGGUGCAGUUAUGAGACCCAUCAAUUGGAAGUAUAUGCAUAAAGGUGUUAGCAUCUGGCUUGAUGUUCCUCUAGAAGCCUUAGCGCAAAGAAUUGCGGCAGUAGGAACUGCUUCAAGACCGUUGUUACAUGAUGAUGAGUCAGGAGACUCAUACACAGUGGCUUUAAACCGUCUUUCAACAAUUUGGGAUGCGCGUGGUGAAGCAUACACCAACGCCAGCGCGAGAGUCUCGUUAGAGAAUAUUACAUCAAAGCUCGGGUAUAGAAACGUCUCAGAUCUCACACCAACUGAAAUCGCCAUUGAGGCCUUUGAGCAAGUCCAGAGCUUUCUAGAAAAAGAAGACGGUAUGGCUAGACCGGGUGGCCUCUAG